UUAUUUUCUCGCGGGGUUUUGGAAAAGCUUCUAAAUUCUAUUGGUCCUCUAGUUGUAAAAAAAAUUGCAUAAAAAAUUUUUAUCAUGUGAUGAUGAGACGAAUUGAUUGUAUUUCAUUGGAAUAUUGUAUGUAUAACUGAGAAGUUUUUGAAAUGAUAAUUUAAAUGGCAACUCUUUCAUAGACCAGUAUGAAACGGGUAUUAAGACUUUGUGUCGGCGAUUGAAACUUCAGUUGUUUUCUUCAGAAAUUUAUUUUUUCUUCCAUAAAUAAUUUAAAUAGAUAUCUAGUUGGUAGUUAGUGUUAUGAAAUGAGCUGAACUGCUGUGUAACUUCAAAAUAGGAGCAGUCUGUGGAAUAGCGGUAACAAAUUUAUUUAGCUAUGUCUGUCCUAGUAGCUACUUUACAGCAUUCCACCGAGAAGAACUGUUUCAUUAAAGUGCCAAAAACUUGGCUGUCUCAUAAUGAAGAAUGUCAGGUCUUUCUUGUUUCAACAGAUUCUUUUAAUUUGUAUGUUUCCUGCUCAAGAAGCUUAUUGGGUAGUCAGCAAAACUGUGUCUUUUUAAAUCAGAGGUUUGCCAAGAAGUAUCAUCUUAAAAUUAAUGAUCAGGUAUGGAUUGAAAAAGUAUGGCGAACAAUUCCUACAGCAGAUAAAGUAAUCUUGGAGCCCAUAUUAUCUGAUGAUUCGCAAAUAUUGGAAUUAAAUGCUUCACAUAUUGAAAAUGUUCUGUUGGAUCAAAUUCGUGUUGUUUUCCCAAAUGAAGAAUUUCCUUUGUGGGUUAAUCAAGUAUCAUUUUAUGUAAAAGUCUUGGAUAUUGAGCCCAAAGUAAGUGUGGCAUAUCUAACAGAAAAAACUGCUGUACAUGUUAAAUUGCAUGGAAACAUUUCUGAAAAAGUUCAGAGAUUAAACAAGAAGCCUGAUCAUUUGCAGUUUGAUUUUUUACGAAUGAACUUGGAUGUGGAACUUAAUUUUGAAAUUACUGAAGAUGAUAAAAACUACAGAUUUUGGCCGUGGGGUUCUUCUGAAGAUAAAACUUAUAAAAAAAAUUUAGGGACCAAAAUCCAUGAUAAUUUUGUGCCUUUGAAUUUUGAAGCCUCUUUGCGUGUUGUGCCUUUUGAGCAUUCACAAAAGCAGGAUUUGCCAGAGAUUAUGCAAUCUACUAUAGUUUUCAUAAAUGCAAGUACAUACGCUGAUAUUUCUGGUGUGUCAAAAAUACCUCCCUGCUUUGUUGCUGUGUUACAGAAAUUACCAUUUCCUCUUGACAAGAAGAAAGCAAAAGAUAAUGAAGCAAAUUCUGCUAAAUCAGAAAAAGACUUAGAUUUGCAAUCUAAGUCGAAUGCUGACACCCAAAAAACUGAAAAGAAGAAAUCUCAAAGUGAUACUUCCACAAAGGACAAGAGAAAAAGUACUUUUGAUUCUGUGUGUGUUAUAGUAAUGGUAAUGCAAUCUAGUGAAGAAGAUGAAUUUGGUCUUCCUAUGAGCUUCUUUUAUACCAAAAAUUUAAUUCUUGUUCCUAAAAAAUUAAGAAUGGCAUUAAACUUGAAAGUUUCAUCACUUGCACAUAUUAAAGCAGUUUCUAAUAAACCAGUGCCUUUAAGUAUGCUUGUGUUGCAUCCUGCUACCCCUCUGCCUUAUGAUAUAUCAAAAGAAAUCAGUGAAAGGUUUCGGGUCUGGUUUGAGAAUAAUAUGUAUCAGAAUGUGAAAGAAAGUUCAAUUUUUAUUCUUUCAGAAGGAACUUUGAUUCGUCUUUUAUGUUCAGGUUAUGAAAGGGAUUUUUUCAUUAGUUUUGAAAGUAAUAAUGAGCUAUCACCUUAUAUUUCUUCAGAUGAUUCAUCUCUUAAAAAUUUAAAUAAAGAACCUGCAUAUUGUUAUAUUAAUUAUAAAUACAUGCUUAGUUUAUGUAUGAACAAUAGACUUAAAAUUGGAGAACCAAUGUGCUUUUCACUUUCUGUUGAUCGCCCAUAUUUGAAUAAACCUGAUGGCUUAUAUCAGUGGAUAUCUGGCUUAUCUCUGGAAGAUUUAGGUGGAGUUACUGAACUUGCAAAUCGAGCAUUGCAAGAUAUUGAAUUUUGGUUAAAACUGAGGCCAGUGUCUUGUAUAUCUUACCUUCCUUUCACAUUUCAUGGCUGUAUACUAAUAUGUGGUCCCAAAGGCAUUGGAAAAACUACUUUAACAAAAGCAUUAUGUAAAGUAUUAAUCAAAGAGCCAUAUCAUGUUUUCGUGCAAAUCAUAAACUGUUUACCACUAAAAGGUAAGCGCAUUGACACCAUAAGUAAAAUGUGGGAUGAUGAUACGUCAGAAGCUCUCUACUAUCAGCCUUCAGCUAUAGUGUUUGAAAAUUUAGAUUGCAUUGCAAGCUGUGCUGCAUCUUAUGAACAAGAAAUUAGUCCUGAGGGAAUCUAUGCUGCUAAUAUAGUUCAAACAUUUCUUCAUUUGCUGAACAGAAUUUUUCAGAGUGAUGGGAAAAUAGUAGUCAUUGUCACUGCCCAGUCAACUCACUCUCUUCAUCCUGCUAUAAUGCGUACUAAAGGGAGGCAUGUUUUUGAUAGCAUUAUUGAAAUACAGCCUCCUUCUCCAGAGCAGAGAGAAGACAUUUUAUGUUCUCUAAUCCGUAGUAAACUUCAUGUUAUUAGCACAAAUGUUACUCAUAUACCCUGGCCAAAAAUUGUACAAAGAACUGAAGGUUUUGUUGCACAGGAUUUAGAUAUGUUAGUGGAUCGAGCAACACAUGCUGCGUGGGUAAGGAGGGGAUCUGAAACUUCCACUGAAAGCCCAGAGGUUGCACUUUGUUUGAAAGAUUUUGAGAAAGCUCUAGAAGGUUAUGUGCCAUCAUCUCUGCGUGACAUUCCACUUCAAGUACAAGAUCAAAAAGGAUGGUCUGAUGUUGGUGGUUUAAAAGAGGUUAAAAAAGUUGUGCAACAAAUAAUUACAUGGCCUAUUAAGUAUACACAGCUUUUCAAGGAUUACUCAUUGAAACGUCAAACAAAUAUUUUAUUAUAUGGUGCUCCUGGAACUGGAAAAACUCUUCUUGCUGGUGUAAUUGCAAAUAAAUGUGGUCUCAACUUCAUUAGCAUUAAAGGUCCAGAACUGUUAUCAAAAUAUAUUGGUGCUAGUGAACAAGCUGUUAGAGAUGUUUUCAAAAGGGCUUCAGCUGCAAGACCUUGUAUAUUGUUUUUUGAUGAAUUUGAUUCUAUAGCACCAAGGCGUGGACAUGAUAGUACUGGAGUUACAGACCGUGUUGUAAAUCAGCUUCUAACACAGUUAGAUGGUGUGGAAACUUUAGAAG